CAAGCAAUUCAUAAUUUCUUCAACAAUUAGUUUGAUUUCUCAGUCUGUAACACUACUUUCUCAAUUUCUAUUCCAAAAUCAUGGAUAACUCCCAGAACUUGAGCUACCAAGCUGGCCAAGCCAAGGGCCAAGCUCAGGAAAAAGGUAACCAGAUGAUGGACAGGGCCGCCAAUGCUGCACAAUCUGCCAGGGAAACAAUCCAGGAGGCGGGGCAGCAAAUGCAGACCAAGGCACAAGAAGCGACUAAUGCAGUUAAAAAUGCCACUGGCUUAAACAAAUAAACUCCUAUUUUCAACUAAAUGGGUUGUUUUUCUUUCCCCCUUUCAAAAGUAUGAAGUUUCUUUGUUUU